ACCUGCUUGAGUGAGCCAAUGAACUCAAAAGCAUCCCAUGAUCAUGUGAAAAACAUGCCUACUGAGUUGCAAAUCCUGCUACUGACAGAUUACAGGUUUAUUUAUAAGAAUUGUGUACAUAUCCGAAAGGUCCCUUAAAUAAUUAAAUAAUUCAAAGCCUUUUAAAACUUAGUUUAAUCCAAGGAUAGAAGUUUCAGAGGUAUAAAAAAGACUGAAGCACAGUGAAUCAUCAAAGAUGAAAUGCAAAUGGAACAUCCAAGGAGAGGUUGGAUGGUGUCUGAGACCAAAAUGGAACCUCAUGCCAAUGAGGUUGGCUAGAGACAGUGAAGAAACAGAAGAUUUGGCUAAGAAGAGGAGUAACAUCCAGAAACGAUGUAUAGGAUGGAAGAACCAGAUAUAAGCCAGCCACAAGCUGACAUCCUCCUGCAGGUGCACUCCUGUGAGCCCCACAGAAAGAGAAACAAAUUGAGCAGUUAGUGCCCUGAGUAAAGCUCCUGAUGCUGUCAUGAUGAGAAGCCACCCUCAACUCUCUAUCUCAGAUACCUACUCCAUUAAGAGAGAUGACUACAGGGACACACAUCAAACAACAUCUACAAAAACUUGAGUUCAAACCAACAUUUGGACCUGACCCAAUCAAUGACUUUUGGGCACUGAGUCAUGUCCUGGACAUGAUUCACAAUGCUUUCAAACACCUGGCUUGAUAAUAAUAUUUGUUCAGAUUUUAUGAGUGAUGAUAAGACUCUGCGGGAGGGUGUGUAUAUACCAAGUACACCUAGAUUGUUGACUAGUCUCAUGGGCCAGGCUCAUGCUAGGCUGUUCUGACACAAAGAUGAGUAAGAUGUGAUCCUGCAGCAGCGGGAAGAGUGCCAGCCCACAUCUCAGAGCUAUGGAGGGCGCUUGCCAUUAUCCUCAUGACUAAAGGGGACCACAGUGAUUCAUCUGCUAGCUUUAAUUUGCUAUCUUCUCUUCUGCUUUACGAAGGAGCUCUGACAGGUUUUUUUUUUUGGGCACUAUGCUCUCCUAGCUUUUUCUCGGUGUCAAGGUAAUGCCAGAUUCACAAGGCUGAGUUUAGAAACAACAUUUCGUCUUUUUUUUUUUUUAGGCCGCAAACUGUUUAAAUACUGAAUGAAUGAUAUCUUCUUGAAGGUUUGAUAAAACUCAAGUAGAAAAUUAUCUGAUGAUGAUGAUGAUGGUGAUGAUGAUGAUAAUAAUGACGGUGACGGUAAUGAUGGUGAUGAUGAUAGUGGGUGAUACAGUGAUGGUGACAGGGAUAGUGAUGGUGAUGUUGAUAGGGAUGGUGAUGGUGAUGGUGAUGAUGAUGAUGGUGAUGGUGAUGAUGAUAGGUGAUGGUGAUGGUAAUGAUGAUGAUGGGUGAUGGUGAUAGGGAUGAUGAUGGUAUGGUGACAGUGAUAGGGAUGGUGAUGGUGAUGAUGGUGAAAAUGAUAGGGAUGGUUAUGGUGAUGAUGAUGGUCAUGGUGAUGAUGAUGGUGAUGGUGAUGAUGAUGAUGGUGAUGGUGAUGAAGGUGAUGAUAGGUGAUGGUGAUGGUGAUGAUGAUGAGGAUGAGGAUGGUGAUGGUGAUGGUGAUGGUGAUGAAGGUGAUGAUGAUAGGUGAUGGUGAUGGUAAUGAUGAUGAUGGGGAUGGUUAUGGUGAUGGUGAUGAUGAUAAUGAGGAUGAUGAUGAUGAUGGUGAUGCUGAUCGAGAUGGUGAUGGUGAUGAUGAUGGUGAUGGUGAUACGGAUGAUUAUGGUGAUGGUGAUGAUGGUGAUGAUGAUGGUGAUGAUAAUGAUGAUGAUGGGUGAUGGUGAUGGUGAUAGGGAUGGUGAUGGUAAUGAUGAUGGUGAUAGGGAUGGUGAUGGGGAUAAUGGUGGUGGUGAUGGUAGUGGUGGUGGUGCUGAUGCUACAUCCUAACAUCUAUAGAGUACUCACUAUGUGCCAAGUGCUAUGUAUAUAUGAACAUAUAUAGUUCACUUUAUCCUCACAAUAAUCCUAUACAGUAGUUAGUAUUAUUACCUCAUUUUGCAAGAGAAACUGAUACACAGGGAAAUUGAGGAACUUGCCUAAGUUAUACUUCUAUAACUUGCCUAAAGUUAUACCUCUAUUAAGUGAUGUUGUCUGGAUUUAUGUCUACCCAGUUGUAUUCCUGAUCCAGGUUCUGUUUUAGAAAUAGACAUGUGACAUUUCUGCCAUGUUUAUUGGUUCUGUUUCUUCAGUAAAUUUUGAAAAUUUUCCUAGAAAAUUAUCUAUUUCAUUUAGAUUUUCAAAUGUAAAAUAUUCUAUACAAUAUUUUCUUAUAAUUUAAAAACUCUCCAUAUUUGUAAUUUCUUAUGCUUAAUGCUAUUUUCUUUAGAUCAGAUUUGUGAGGGUUUGCAUGCUUUGUUGAUCUUCUCAAGGAAUAAGUUCUUGGUUUAUUAUUAAGGUCUGUUCUUUCUUUCUAUGUUAAUUAGUUUCUGAUUCAACUUUAAAAAAUUCCUUUCUUCUUCAUUAUUUAAACUUAUAUGCUUUAUCUUGGAUUGUCAUUUAUUAGAAAAUCUUUUGUAUUUUCUAAUAAGUGCAUUUAAGGACAUAAAUAUUCCACUAGUUAAGGCUUUUGCCAAAUCCCACAACCUUUAAUUCAUAGCUACUCAUUAUAACUCUUUUCUAAAAAGCCUAUACUUUCAAUUUCCAUUUUCUUUUAAUACUAAAAGUGACUCAUAAGUCUGAAUUUUAAGUUCCACAAGAAUAUUAUUUUUGGUUGGUUCUUGUUAUUUCUAAUUUCAUUCGAUUUUAUCAGAGAUUGUGGCCUCUCUUAUUUCACUUUGACAAUUUAUUUUUCUUCUGGGAUGUGACAAAUAUGCUCAACUUCUAUGUCUUAUGAAUUUUUGAAAAUUAUAUGUAUUUUUUAUGCUGGUAACAAAGUGUUUCUCUAAAUAUAACUAUUGAAGGAACCUUAUGAGUUAGUCAAAUCCCUAAUGGGCUGGCUUACUUGAUUUGUCAAUGUUAGAAUAUAUUAACAUUUCCAACUAGGAGUGUAGGUUUGUCCACGUAUUUCAACAUUUUAACACUUUCUGCUUUAUUUAUUUCAAAGAGAUUCUGAAGUGCAUAAAUAUUUAUGACUGUUAAAUUUUUGGUGCCUGAAUCAUAAUAAAAUUUUUUUAAAUGCUGAAUACCUUUCAUUUGAAUUCUUUAUUGUCAGGAAUUUACAUUAUUGAUAUUUCCUUUAUUCUAUAAGCUGUUUCCUGGAAUAGCUAGUCUAUAUUCUUUAUUUCCAAAUGUUCUCGUUUUAUUUCAGCUAGAUCUCCUACACGUGGUGUAGAUGUGGUCUUUGGUUUGUAGCCCCAA